GUGACGUAAACGGAGUAGCUUCUUCUAUGUAAACGUAUUGAUUGCGCGUUGAGUUGUUGGGACUUGAAGUUUUAAGGAUUACUUACGAUAGUGUGACCUGCGUUUUGAUAACAGCUGAGGUUUUUUUUUUUAACCGUCUUUAGCUUUUAUAACAGUGCCACAAUGUCUUUGGCAGACGAGCUGCUUGCUGACUUGGAGGAGGCAGCAGAGGAAGAUCAUUAUGUUGGUGAAGAUGAGUUGGAGGACAUUGAAGAGGUUGCAGAAGAUCUGGAGAUUGAUACAGAUGUGGACUCUGUGAAGAGCAUUGCAAAAUUACGAGAUAGUAAAAUGUUUGCAGACAUUGUAAGAAAGAUCGAGGUGCACAUAGGCAAGCCACGCAAGGCAGCAGAAGUUGUGGGACCAGUGGAAGCCGAUCCGGAGUAUAAACUCAUUGUGGAUGCCAACAACUUGACAGUAGAAAUUGAUAAUGAGCUCAAUAUUAUUCACAAGUAUGUUAGAGAUAAAUACGCUAAAAGGUUUCCUGAGCUGGAGUCACUGGUGCCUAACUCUUUGGAUUAUAUAAGAACAGUAAAAGAGUUGGGUAAUAGUUUAGACAAGUGCAAGAACAAUGAAAAUCUGCGGAUUGCUGGUGGUCUAACAAACCUUUCCAAAAUGCCAGCCUGUAAUGUCAUGCUGCUAGGGGCACAGAGGAAGACCUUGUCUGGUUUCUCCAGCACAUCUGUUUUGCCACACACUGGAUUCAUUUACCACAGUGAGAUUGUUCAGUCACUUCCACCGGAUCUGCGCAGGAAAGCAGCACGAUUAGCUUCUGCCAAGUGUACUCUGGCAGCGAGAGUCGAUAGCUUUCAUGAGAGUACUGAUGGAAAGGUUGGUUAUGAGUUGAAGGAGGAGAUUGAACGAAAGUUUGACAAAUGGCAGGAACCUCCUCCAGUGAAACAGGUGAAGCCACUUCCAGCCCCACUGGAUGGUAUGAGGAAAAAGCGAGGGGGACGAAGGUAUCGUAAGAUGAAAGAACGACUAGGACUGACAGAAAUCCGAAAGCAAGCUAACCGUAUGACUUUUGGAGAGAUCGAGGAAGAUGCUUACCAGGAAGAUUUGGGGUUCAGCUUGGGACACUUGGGAAAGUCGGGAAGUGGAAGAGUACGGCAAGCACAGGUUAAUGAAGCAACAAAGGCCAGGAUCUCCAAAUCAUUACAGAGAACUUUACAGAAGCAGAGUAUGGUCUAUGGUGGUAAAUCCACAAUCCGAGAUCGAGCAUCAGGCACAGCAUCGAGUGUUGCAUUUACACCACUUCAGGGCUUGGAGAUAGUUAACCCCCAGGCAGCUGAAAAGAAGGUGGCUGAAGCAAAUCAGAAGUACUUCUCCAACAUGGCAGAGUUUCUUAAGGUGAAACGUGAAAAAAACGGUCAGACAUCAACGUUGACCAUAGGAAGAAGGUAGACCUAUCAGGCCAUAAGGAACAAUGAACUGACACACUGGUGAUAACAGAUCAUGUAGCCGUUGGAUGAACAGAUGGUUUGUAAACCAGAGUGUUAGUCAUCACUAUCCAUUGUGAUGAAUAGUAAUAAAAUAAAUAAAUAAACCUUCCAGGCACUACUACAGUUCAUCAGCACUGUGGAGCAUCUGUUAGUGUUGUGUUUGUGUCUGGUUGUGGACAUGCUGUCAUUACCUUCUUUUGUUAUUUCUGGACACCAAAUAUUGAUAACUUUGAGUACUAAUCAGCAGUACAUGACCAUAACAACACAGGCAUGUAUGAUGAUUACUGGUGUCCUUGGGCAUUCAUCGUGGCUUAAAGACGUCUAUAGGGCAGUGGUAGAGUCAGACUUUUCCACAACUGUUGUGUUACCUGCAUUAAAACAAGAAAAUCGUAUUAUUGGCCAAAAACAGUCAAUUGAAAGUAAUUGCAGACAAUGCAUGAAUUGUUCUUGCUGCUGUACUCUAUAUGCUUCAGGUGCCUACAGUUUUGUGUUUUUUACGACUUUGUAUAGAUGGAAUCUGACAGUGUUCUGUUAAUUUAUUAACCAGAAAAGGCACUUCCUUUAUCCAUUAGCUGAUUGUGUAUAUACAGCAGCUGUAAUUACCACACUUAACUAGGUGUGUUUUUUUUUUAUUCUGACUUUUCCAGUGAUGCAUCUGAUUUUUUUUAGUACUGUUAAAGAAUUAAUGUUCAGUCUUCAGUUUGUUGUUGGAGUCAUAAGAAAAGAUGCAGGGCUAACAGUUGUUUUCUGAUGGUAAGUAUAUACAGUCUUCUACUGUUCUGAUGCUUUUUGUUAAAGGUUUUAGAGCUUACUGUUGCCAUGUCCUUGCAUUUGUUGUACGUAAUUUAGAAAUUAGUGAAUUUAGUUUCCCAACAAGUGUCUUGUUUCUCUUUGUAAUCCGAAAGCUUGCUCCUCCUGGUUCACUUAGUUACAUAGACAUGAAGAUGGCAUAGUACAUUAUUUUAUCUUUCCUUUAUAUGGGAGUUCCAUUUAUGCAUAACAGAUCAUUAAAACUCAAACUAGGAGUAAGAGAGAACUGCAUACAUUGUGAUAUGGCAUGGCCUGAAAAGGUAAUUUUGGAGUGACUGCAUAAAGAGGUUCUUGCUUUAUACCUGCAGUGCAUCUGUAAUCAUGUGACAUACACUUUUGAUCAUAGACCUUUUGUUGUAAUUUAUGCAGUGUUUUACAGGUAUUAAAGGUUUUAAAUUUUA